AUGGCCGCGACCGUAGCCGCGAUCGCGAUCACGACCGAGACCAAGAUCGAGAUGACGAGCGAGACGAGGAUCGAGAACCGAUCCGUGCCCGCGAGCGCGACCGCGGCCGCGACCCGGAGGCACGUAUAUCCCCCGGCGCGCCUACGGGCCCUCCAGGCGCAGAUCCAGCAGGACACGAGCGCCGAGGGCGCGCGACUGAAGCAGAAGCUGCACUGGGAGGCGCUCAAAAGCGUCGAGUUUGAGCUUCACCCCCAUCUACGCGGCGCUGACGGCCGUCGUCAACUCCAAGAUCCCCUCGUGGGCGAGCUCCUGGCCAAGAGGCUGGUUGUCCAGUUCCGCAAAUCCUUUCGCCGGGACGACAAGAAGGUGUGCCUCGCGGCCACGACCUUCAUCGCCCACCUCGUCAACUUCCAAGUCGUACACGAGAACCUCGCCUUGCAGAUGCUGCAGCUCCUGCUUCACAAGCCCACCGACGACUCGGUCGAGAUCGCUGUGGGCUUCAUGAAGGAGAUUGGCGAGUUCCUGACCGAUAUGAAGCCCAUGGCGGCCCGGGUCGUGUUUGACAAGUUCCGCGACGUGCUCCACGAGGGAGAGAUUGAUAAGAGGGUCCAGUACGCCGUCGAGGUCCUGUUCCAGAUUCGCAAGGACAACUUCAAAGACAACCCGGCGAUUCGCGAGGAGCUCGACCUCCUCGAGGAAGACGACAUGAUUACCCACUACGUUGAGCUCGACGGCGACCUCGACACCGAGGACUCGCUCAACAUUUUCAAGUUCGACGUCGACUUUGAAAAAUCGGAGGAGGCGUACGUUCAGCUCAAGAGGGAGAUUCUGGGCCAGGCGAGUGACGACGAAGACGAUGACGAAGAUGACGACGAGAGCUCCGAGGACGAAGAGGAGGAGGAGCAGAGGGCGAUUGAGAUCAAGGACCAGAGCAACGCCGACCUUGUCAAUCUUCGGCGAACCAUUUACCUGACCAUCCAGUCCGCCAUCUCACCUGAAGAAGCCGUGCAUAAGCUUAUGAAGAUUGUGCUUCCCCGGGGCAGGAACCCGAGCUCCCUCCAUGGUUGUGGAGUGCUGCAGCCAGUCGACCACGUACCAAAAGUUCUUUGGCCUCAUUGGGGAAAGGUUCGCCAAGCUCAACAGGCUCUGGAACGAGCUCUUCGAGGAGCAGUUCAGGACCACCUACGACACCAUCCACCGCUACGAGACCAACCGACUACGGAAUGUGGCGCGGUUUUCGGCCACAUGUUUGCCUCCAACGCCAUCGGCUGGCACUGCAUGUCGGCGAUUGUCAUGACGGAGGACGCCACCACAUCGUCAUCCCGUAUCUUUGUCAAGAUCCUGUUCCAGGAGAUCUCGGAGGAGCUGGGCAUGCCGAAGCUCGCCGCUCAGAUGAAGGACCCCCUGCUGCAACCCAGCCUCGAGGGCCUCUUCCCCACGACGAGCCUCGCAACGUCAGGUUCUCCAUCAACUACUUUACCAGUAUCGGCAUGGGUGUGCUCACUGAGGAGAUGCGACACCAGCGAGCCGCAGCAGGAGGAGGAGGACUCCUUCCGCUCUGACAGCCGCGGACGGAGCCUCUCCCGCGACCGGCGCUCCUCGAGGUCGCUUUCGUACAGCCGCUCGCCGUCGCCGAGGCGCGGCCGCCGGGACUCGCGCGAUUCUCAGUCCCGCAGCCCCUCGCCCAAGCGCAGCCGACGUUACUCGGACGCGCGGACCGACGACUCCCGCAGCAGGAGCCGCACCCCGCCGACCGGGGCGGCGCAGAAGCGUCAUGCUGCGUCCGUCGAGGUCCCGGAGCCCGGCGAAUACCAAGAGGCGGAGGAGGUAUAG